CCCCGCCACCACCCCCUGGGCUACCCUUCUUCUCUCUCACUCUCACUUCCCCGUCGCUCUUUUAGCUUGGGCUUAAGACCCAACACACAAAAAUGGCUGCCAUAAUUUCCAUGUCCCAUUUUGCCCCUCGUACAGUCGUGUAUUUGCUUGUUUUGUCCGCUUCGUUUUUCCCUGUUUUCGCCAUUAACAUCACUACUCUUCUGUCGUCUUUUCCUGAUCUCAGUGACUUCACUAACCUUCUCUCCACCACCGCCGUCGCCGCCGAUCUCUCCGGCAGGACUUCGAUUACGCUCCUCGCCGUGCCGAAUACCUUCCUCCGGAGCUCCGAUUUGGGGAACUUCCCCAGUUCGUCGCCGUCGGAGACCUACGCCGGAGAUGUUAUCCGGUACCAUGUGUUGCUUGAGUAUUUGUCCUGGCCGGACCUCCGCCUGAUUCCCGCCGGCGGGAAGAUCGUGACUACUUUGUUUCAGACUACGGGUCGGGCGUCGAGUGCUUUCGGGUCGGUUAAUAUAACCCGGAAUCCGGAGUCCGGGGCGGUAACUGUGGUUUCGCCGACCUCUAACGCUACCGUGCUGGCCCUAAUCAAAACGUUGCCGUAUAAUAUCUCUGUUUUCUCGGUGAAUUCGCUUUUGGUGCCGUACGGAUUCGAUCUAAUGGCGUCGGAUACGCAGCCCCCUUCGGGGCUGAACAUCACAAAAGCCCUAAUUGACGCCGCGAAUUUCAACGUGGCGGCGUCGAUGCUCACCGCCUCCGGCGUGGAAGCGGAAUUCGAGCGGGACGAAGGCGGCGCCGGCCUCACGCUCUUCAUGCCGACAGACGAGGCGUUCUCGGAUCUGCCGGCCUCGCUCCGAUUCCAAUCCCUACCCGCCGAGAAAAAGGCCGUCGUGCUCAGAUUCCACGUCUUGCAUUCCUACUACCCGCUCGGCUCCCUCGAAUCGAUCGUGAACCCGGUUCAGCCGACAUUGGCGACCGAGCAGAACGGCGCCGGGAGCUUCACGUUGAACAUCGGUAGAGUCAACGGCUCCGUGGCGAUCGACACCGGAAUCGUGCAGGCGACGGUGAUUCGGACGGUGAUCGAUCAGAAUCCGGUCGCGAUCUUCGGAGUCUCCAAGGUAUUGUUACCCCGAGAGUUCUUCCCGAUGAACCCAAUUGGACUGAAUAAACCUAGCGGCGGCGGCGGAGUAGGAGGAUUCUCAGGCGGCGUUGCUCAGCCGCCGGAAAUUUCUCUCUCGCCGGAUAAUUCUCCGGUCCUGUACAGUCCACCUUCCCAUCUCUCUUCACCGCCGGGAUUCGGCGACAAUCCCUCGUCGGCGGCCGGUAAAAAAGUAGCGGCGAGAAUAUUACUGGGUUUGUGGUGUAUAGUGUUUCACCUACUUCUGUGGCAGUAAUUAUUAUUUUUCAUUAAUAGAAUUUAUUUCCUCUCUUAUCA